AUGGCAACUUUUAGAUGGCCAUUUGCUUCGAAUGAUCUCAAAUUAGCGACCGAAACCGCUGCCAGACGACCUCAAUGUCCAGCCGACUGGGAGGAAAUCGAGAAAAUACUCUCGGCUGUAUUCAGUACAGAACAGAGGGAAGUAAAGUUGACAGGCCGUGCUUCUAGAGAGCGUUUAGACCGCUUGAUAGCAAAGUAUAUAGAGGACGAUAAAAGAGCGCUUAAGAGGUGAGUACAAAUACCAAGUUUAUUAUUUGAGAUGGCUCAUAAUGCGCAGUCAAUUUCACUGUUUUUCUUUGGUCGGUAGAUCUGGCACGGAAGAGGAGUAUGACGAACUUAGUCAAUUGCUUGAGGACAUUUACACUCUUCGAAAAGAUGCCGAGGAAACGCAGAAGAAGGAAAAGGAGAACAAAAAGCGGAAGGAGAAAGAGGAUAAACGGAAAGCGGCAGAAAUGAGGGAUGCUGCCUUGCUUAGUUUGGGAAGUAAGUUUAUUGAAAUAUUUUUGGUUGACAUAAUGAAGCAGGUUUGGAUCAAAGUGUCAUACUUGUUAUUUGUGCUGAAGUAUAAUAUAUACAUACGCAUGAUUAAUUUUAGACUUUCUGAUAAUGAGAUAGAUGUAUAAGCUUUAAUGUCCCACCACUUUUGAAACGAUUUCCAGGAAGCCAGUAUAGAGGACACCGUAAAAAUAUGUGAUCAAAAAAAGUGCCUGUCAGCAAAACAUUGAGGACAAACAUCGUGAUCACAAAUUGUGACUUCGUUUGUGAAAACGUUUCUUAAUUAAGCUCCUAUACAUCCUUUGAUCAUUUUAUGCGACAAUUUCUUUUUUCAUUCCAUGAGCCAUAAAAAAAUUAGAAAUUGGAGGUAAUAAUAAAGGUUGUUGUUGUUGGUUGUUAGGAUGUUGUGAAUAAUCUUGUACUGAAACAUUGCUAUCGUUGUCAUUUUUCAGCGUUAAGGGAAGUUUAUAAACUUUGUUAAUUUUACCAUAACUGGUGAAAAUGACAGCAUCAACAUUUACCCUCUGUAAAAGUACAUGUAUGUAUUUACAUGGUUUAUACAUAACCCCCUCCCCCUCCAAUAAUAAGAGCAGUCAUAUAUAAAAAUAGAAAUGGCUAUAAAAGAUGUAACAUUUUUGUUGUCUUAAGCUAAAUAAUAAUUAUAUCAAAUUUAUUAUUUAAAAUUUAAUUAGAGACAAAACAGGAAAGCUCUGAUGACGAAACAGAUAAAGAUUCCGAUGAGCACUCUGAUGAUACAUGUAGCAGUGCUGCCAGUUCAAGUAAAGGAAAGAAAGGUGAGUGCAGCUAUUGCCAUUGCAUGUACUCUAGAAGAGUCACUUUUCCAUGUUCAAAUUCCUGAACAAAAAAAGAAAUGGAAAAAUAUUCAGGUUCUCUUUUUGUGCUCAGGAAGGCUGAGCCAAGGGGAAUUGGCCGGUGAUGGAAAGGAUGUUUGCUAGACAUUUGAUUCUGUAGAAUUUACAUGCCAUUCGACUUACACUGAUUGCCUGAAAUAUUGAUUACUACAUAUCUGCAUUUCUCCUUUAUAAUUUGCCUUUUUAGACAAUCAGUUGCUCUAUGUUUUAUUUUGUUUCCCUGCAAUGCCACAACUUGAUUCAAUUUCUUAGGUUGCCCCUAUGUUGUAAUAUUCAUCUGUCAUGCCUUUGCCAACACACUAAGAAUGUGAUUUCAAAAUACAGCACAAGUGCUUUUCCUGAAAGGUGGUUGUUUCAAGGACUUAAAACAAUUAUUACUUGGUUAUGAGAAAAAAGAGGCUUCAUUUCAGAAUUUUGUGUUCCACUGGACUGUCCUCACUAAUGGAUAUUGCACUGUAAUUUUUUUAAUUGUUAAGUUCAUUUAGACGACUUUUCCUUUUUCCAGCCUCAAAAGCAAAACCUGUCAAAAAGAAGAAAAGGGCAUCAAAGCUGUCGGCCAUAGAGAUGCUGGAAAAGAAAAAUGAAAGGAAGGCUAAUUUUAAGGAGCUUGAGUUAGAACAAAGAAAAAAGGAGUUUGAGAUCCAAAAACAGAAAUAUGAAGAAGAAGCAGCAGAGAGACGGGAGAAACUUCAACUGGAGUUGGAAGAGAAGAGGGCAUUUCUUGCUCUGUUGAAAAACAGGCUUUAA